AUGCUGAGCGCAGCACUGCUGUUUGCUCAGACACAAGCGCUGUACUUCUACAUCGAUGGAUCGUCGCAGAAAUGCUUCUUCGAAGACCUGCCAAAGCACACGUUGGUUGUCGGUCACUUCAAGGCGACGCUAUACGAUCACAACACGCGAACAUACCAGCCCAACGAUGACAUGGGCAUCCACAUAAUCGUUGACGAGCUCUUCGACAACGUAUAUCACCGAGUGGCCUCCCAGCGUGGCCGAGCAGACGGCAAGUUUACAUUCACUGCUACGGAAUCCGGCGAGCACCGCAUGUGCUUCACACCCACGAACGUGCCUUCCCACAGAGGUUGGAAUCUCCUCGGUAGCGAAGUCGGCGGUAUCAAGAUGGAGCUUGAUCUUGUCAUCGGCGAGACGAGCCAGAUCGAGAGCAGCGACAAGAGCAAGAUCAGCGAAGUGGUACAAAAGGUCAAAGACUUGACGGCAAGAUUGCAGGAUGUGAGGCGUGAGCAGGUCUUCCAACGCGAAAGAGAAGUAGAGUUCCGAGAUCAGAGCGAAGCGGUCAACUCCCGAGUGGUCAGAUGGACGCUGAUCCAGACCGCUGUGCUUGCUAUUACAUGUGCAUGGCAACUAAGCUAUCUGCGCGCCUUCUUCAUCAAGCAGAAGCUCACGUAG